CCAGCAGUUCUUAGUAUAAGACCUGUACAGAAACAUCAGCCUUGAAAAUGUUUUGAUGAUUGUUGUGCGUAAAGAACUAAGCUGAUAAGGUGUGCUUUGGGUACACGUGCAGCAUUUUAUGUCACUACCAGACAGCUAGUCAAACAAAACAUUGAUGUGAUUUUCACCUAUCAGAAGGCAACAGGGUAGGGAGACUGGGCUGGGCUGAAAAUAAAUCUGAUGUUUAAAUGUUAACGGCUCUGCUUAUCUGUAAAACGAAACCAAUGGAUCACCUUUAAAGCAUUCACAUGGGCUCUACAUGUGAACAAACGUGACCUGUAACGACACAUUUUAGUAGGUUUGAGUGUUACGAAGUUUAUUUUGGCACUUUUUCUCCACAUGGUGGCCUGUUUGAAUGCCCCAGGAGGGACAGAGUGCUGGCAAGCAAAAAGCUGAAAGUAUUUCAAGCCUUAGGUUUCAGCUCAUGUGAAAAAGCACCCGUUGUAUCCCACAAUUUGUAGCCAAACAUCAUCAGGCUCAUCUCAUUUGAAUGGGUAUGACUCAGUACGAGUUCAUCUACUGUUGGCAGCGGUCUGGUUUACUCUUGAGCACAGAGGCAUGGGAGUUCUCUCAGUAAAAUCAUUAACUACCGUUGGCAGUGUACAUCAUCUGUGAUGUGCCAAGAGGAACAGUUUGUCACAUGUAACAGCAUGCUGGACUGGCUCAUUUCCAGACUCAACCCCCUUAUCAAGUGAAAACGCUGGAGACCCUUUACAGGAAACGGCCUCCUUAUCAGCUCCAGAGACUCCGUCCAUAUGCUGCUGCCUCAUUGGUUGAACUCAAGGUGGCCUCUUGUGCGCAGUUUGUUGAGGGGUGAUAUGUUGUUUGAACCCAUUACCUCAAAGGACAGUAAACGAGUAGCACAUUGGACAGUGUUAUUUAAGUGUCAAGAGGUUCCACGCUGUGAUCAGUUGUUAUUGUCAAUACCUAGGCUACCUGUUGAGGGUCAGUUGAAGAUCAGGAAGGGAGGAGUCAACUGUUUGAGAUUGAGAUUGAGAUGAGGAUGACGGAGAAAGAUGGGCUGCUGGUGAGAGGCAGAUUACUGUGGACUGAGUUGGAUACCGAGAGGUGGAGAUGAAGAGAUUACACUCUCUGGACAGCCAGACUGAGGAAGACACGAGCGAGCAGGAUGAGUCUCCAUUCCUCAGGCCCUCCUGGUCCUUGGCGGACACCAUGAACUAUGUGGGCCAGCUGGCAGGCCAGGUGCUGGUGACGGUGAAGGAGCUGUACAAGGGCAUCAACCAGGCCACCCUCUCUGGCUGCAUCGACGUGGUGGUGGUGCGGCAGAGGGAUGGCACCUACCAGUGCUCGCCCUUCCACGUGCGCUUUGGAAAGCUGGGUGUGCUGCGCUCCAAGGAGAAAGUGAUCGACAUCGAGGUCAAUGGCGAGCCGGUGGAGUUGCACAUGAAGCUGGGCGACAACGGGGAGGCCUUCUUCGUGCAGGAAACGGAGGAGCGGAACGAAGUCAUUCCGGCCCACCUGGCCACCUCGCCCAUCCCCACCGAGGGGCUCAUGUUCUGGAUGGGCGAAGGCCGCAUGUUGCCCCCGGGCAUGGAGGACGAUCCCGAGGAGGUGGACGACCCCCCGGAGGCUCCUGUCAGCAGCACCGUCUCGGUGAAGAAGAAGAGGAAGAGGAGGAAGAAGCACAAGGGUGACCCCAGGCGCGAGGAGCUGACCCCGCCGGCCUCCGUUGCCAACGUCCAGCCCAGUGAGGAGAUCUUUGAGAUGGACCUGAGCUCCGACGAGGAGACCCUCGCAGCCCACAGCGCCAGGUCUUCUUCAAUUAGCGUUAUACGUGAGGUGGAGCAAAAAUACCCUGCACACCAUUCUUUGGACAACUACCCCUAUUCCGACGGAGAUUGGACUACCUCAGACAGUCAUGGCCUAUCCCAGGCCUUCUCUCCGAAGAGUGACUCGGAGCUGAUGGUGCGGGCCUCAGAGAGCAUGCUCAGAGCGGAGUCGCACAUGCAGUGGACCUGGGGGGAGUUACCCGAACCAACACGGGCUCCCAAAAAGGAGAAAACCGAGCUGCCCAAAAUGGUCACCAUCACGCCCUCGGAGAACACGCACUUCCGGGUCAUCCUGAGCUCAGAGGCCAUGGACACCGAGGCUGAGGAGCAGGAUGGUGCCAGGGGUGGCAGGCAGGAGGACCAGGCCCCGGUGUGUGCCAUCGUCAAGCCCCAGCCCCGCACACCUGUGGCCCCCGUGGUCACCGUGGCUCCUGUGGUCACCGUGGCGCCCGACAGCGCCCUGACCCCCGACAGCUCCCUGGCCCCCGACAGCUCCCUGGCCCCCGACAGCGCCCUGGCCCCCGACAGCGCCCUGGCCCCCGACAGCGCCCUGACCCCCGACAACGCCCUGACCCCCGACAACGCCAUGACCCCCGCGGAGCUUGAGGAGGUCUCUGAGCACGACAUGAGCACCUCCACCCCCACAGAUGCUCAAGCUGCUGCCGCCGCCGCUGCCCAAAUGGCCGGGGACAUGGCCGACACCUCCAAGACUGACUCACCUUCCAAGAAAAAAGGAGUCCCAAAGAGGAGUCAACACCAGGGACCUGAAGAUAUCUACCUGGACGACUUGAAUGUACUUGAUGCAGAUGCUGUUGCUCGCUACUUUCCCAAGAGUGAGUCAGACCCAGGCUCUAAGCACUGGAUUGACUCCGAGAUGUGCUCCGGUUCCCAGUCGCCCCAGUCGGUGGGCAGCGCGGCGGCUGACAGUGGCACCGAGUGCCUCUCUGACUCAGCCGGCGAUUUGCCCGAUGUCACCCUGUCCCUGUGCGGGGGGCUCAGCGAGAACGCAGAGAUAUCCAAAGAAAAGUUUAUGGAGCAUAUUAUCACCUACAGUGAAUUUGCAGAAAAUCCUGCCAUAAUAGACAAUCCAAACCUGGUUGUAAAAAUUGCUAACAGAUACUACAACUGGACUUUAGCUGCUCCCUUGAUUCUGAGUUUGCAGGCUUUUCAGAAAACGCUGCCCAAGGCCACAGAGGAGGCUUGGGUGAAGGAGAGGAUGCCAAAGAAGUCUGGUCGCUGGUGGUUCUGGCGCAAGCGAGCCGACAGCACCAUCAAAACGUCGGAGAGCUCAGGCAAGCUGGAAUUGAAGGACUCUCAGCUUGAAGACGUUGGACCCUCCCAGGAUAGCCCAGCCCUACAGUCGCAGGAGCGGGACUCAUCCAGUGACGAGGAGGCCAAGGAGCUGACGGCCACUGCAGCGGCCUCUCUGGAGCGGAGUUCCCAGUCAGACGCCUCGGGACACCCCGUGGCACAUUCCUACAAGAAGUCCCUCCGCCUCUCCUCCAAGCAGAUCGCCAGUCUGAAGUUGAAGGAGGGUCCCAACGAUGUGACCUUCAGUAUCACCACGCAGUACCAGGGCACAUGCCGCUGUGAGGGCACCAUCUACCUGUGGAACUGGGAUGACAAAGUCAUCAUCUCCGACAUCGAUGGCACCAUCACCAAGUCGGACGUCUUUGGACAGAUCUUGCCACAGCUGGGAAAAGACUGGACUCACCAGGGCAUCGCCAAGCUGUACCAUUCUGUGGCGGAGAACGGGUACAAGUUCCUGUACUGCUCGGCGCGGGCCAUCGGCAUGGCGGACAUGACGCGGGGGUACCUGCAGUGGGUGAACGACGGGGGCACCAUCCUGCCUCGAGGGCCCCUCAUGCUCUCCCCCAGCAGCCUCUUCUCAGCCUUCCACAGGGAGGUGAUUGAGAAGAAGCCUGAGAUCUUUAAGAUCGAAUGCCUUACGGACAUCAAGAACCUGUUUCAGCACAAUAAGCACCCCUUCUACGCCGCCUUCGGAAACAGGACCAACGAUGUUUUUGCCUACAAGGAGGUGGGAGUGCCGGUGUGCAGGAUCUUCACCGUGAAUCCCAAGGGUGAACUCAUCCAGGAGCAGACCAAAGGCAACAAGUCCUCGUACAGCAGGCUGAGUGAACUGGUGGAGCACGUUUUCCCCCUGCUGAGCAAAGAACAAAGCUCCGCCUUCAUUUUCCCAGAAUUCAGCUCCUUCUGCUUCUGGAGACAGCCCCUGCCCGACAUCAACCCCGAAGAACUGCUCUCAUAGGCCGCCGCCGCGUUACCAUGACCACACCCAAUCCCUGCUGCUCUCAGCAGAGAGCCACAUCCAUUCCAUAGCCAAAGCCUCAGAGGAGUCGCUGCUAAGCAAAAGGGGGAACACAACGUCACUCAUCUGACAGCACGUUUAAGUGGACCCUUGAGAUAUGUGCUCCACCACUCAAAACCCGGCAGUCAUUCACUCGCUCACCCACCAGUAAGAGGCAGUAAGAGACUGAGCGCUGCACCGUGGCCCCCCGUGUGAAGGCCCAGGGGCCCCUGGCGGCGGGUUGUGGUGUGCCACGGCUCCUCCACGCCAUUAGCGGGCGUUUGGGCCGAGCCUGUAGUGUUCUGGCAGCUGACUGGUGUCUCUCAG